UAUAUCAUCCAAAUAUUGAUGAUGAUGGGUCAAUUUGUGUGAAUUUGUUGAAGACUGAUGUGUGGAAACCUGCUACCAAAAUCUCUCAAGUUCUCAAAGCCAUCGCAGAUCUUCUCGAAAACCCAAAUCCUGACGAUGCUCUGGUAGCUUCUAUUGCAGAGGUUUAUAAUACAAACAAACAAAAAUUCGUCAAAACCGCAAAAGAUUUCGUAAAAAAGGCUCGUCUAUUUCUUAUUCUGGCCCGGGUAAAGGUCUCUAUUGUGGAAGAACUUGUAUACGGCAGUUUAAGUUCUAGAAAUAUUCAAAAUAACGGAUUUAAAUAG